AUGGCGGAAUCCACAUCAAGUGACCACUGUCCUCCUUCGGGCUACGAAGAGGACUUUGUGAAAGAAGUUGAAGAAGAUUUUCAAUGCCCCAUAUGUCAUUUACCGCUAAAGGAGCCAGUUCUUACUAGGUGUGGCCACAGAUAUUGCAAAGAAUGUCUUGACGAGCGCAUUGGAAGGUAAGAGUUUAUGACAAGCAGCUUUCAGUAUUGUUGUCCGUUUGCUCACUUAAUCUAAUCACCCUAGAGAAUUCAUGACAGAUCAUCAGAGUGUUUUAACUGAAUUAAAUCGCUGCCAAAGUCAAAGUCCAUCUAAUUAGAGGGUGGUUGUUGGUUGCAUGAUCUUAAACAUCAAUUUUAAAGAUAAUGACCACAGCAUUAAUUUACUUGGUGAUGCAAUUUUUUAGUUUCUAGAAUUAUUCCAAUCAAAAUGUACGCCUUACUUCCUCCAAAACGUAGCACGAUACAUUUUCUUGAUUAUCAAACGCAAUGAACGGGAUCCAUACGAGUUCAAAGAGCAAAAUGUCUUAGAAUCGAAAGCGGAAAUCGGUAGUGCAAUUAUCUACUGCAAGCGUGAUUGUUGUUCAAAGUUCAAAUCUUUUCUCCACAUUCACUACUUUGUUUUUAUAAGUGCUGCGAUACUACUAGGCCUGUCGUGCUAUUCAAACUCUCAGUUCAUCUCAUUCGUCAUCCACAAGUUAAUUACUCGGCCACUGAAUUACAUGAAUUUACAGAACUAUCUUACGUACCUUGUAAAUUGUGCCAGCGCAAUAAAAUAUACUCGCUCGGAAAAGUUCCAGCAAGGGCUUGGCGCACUGUUUGUAGCGACGGGCAAAUAUUUUUCUAAAGACACAACAGAACUAAUGAUCGAGUACCUUCGUUUCCGUGUUUAUCCAAUUCAAUAUUUUUGUUUCGAUAUUGUAGUUUCUGUGUGCUACAGUGGAAGUUGAUUUAGCAACGGUUGUUGUCAAUGUUGUUAAGUGGCGUCGACUGUAUUGAAUUAGAUAAAAGUGUUGGUUGAGAUGGGGUAUGAGAAUAAUUGCAGUACAUAUUUGCUUGCUUGCUUACUUCGUUACUUACUUACCAACUUGUUUCUUUACCAUUCAUAAUGAUUUAAUUUUCUCUCAGACAGAAAAGUAAAGAGGAGUCUUUAACCUGCCCAACAGACAGAGAGAAUCUGGACCCAGACCUGGUAAGUAAACUUUUUAACUUCUGAAAAUUAAAUAAUGAUUCGCUUUCUGUUCAUGAAAUAUAUCUUACUUAUUUUUACUACCUAGUAAAGGCUCUUAUGAAGAGAAAACAAUUGUCACUUUAUAAAUUGACCCAUCUGGAUCUUGGUGACGUAAGAAUAAUAUUACUGUGAUUAUUUCUAAGGACAUUUUCCCCGAUAAAGCAACAGAAAGGAGGGUUCUCUCUAUGGCGAUCAGAUGUCCAAAUGAUGGCUGUGAAUGGACUGGGAAGCUGAGGAACAAGGAGGUAAAACUAACGCAUAUUUCGAUAAAUGUCAAUAAACAACUGUAUCAGCAUAAGUCAAUAUUUUCGUCUGUUGAAAUAAGCCACAGACACAGCUCAAGCUCCUACAUGACGAUGGGCUUGAUAAUUUUUAACUUCUCAUGAUCAAGGAGAGCAAGGAACCAAUGCCCAAACUAAAGUUGUUUUGCAGGUAAUUUAGUGUUAACAACUGGGUUGAAAACGUAAAUGAGCCACCGUAAAGGGUAAAAAAGCUGACGUUUCGAGCGUUAGCCCUUCGUCAGAUUCAAUCGCUCUGACGAAGGGCUAACGCUCGAAACGUCAGCUUUUUUACCCUUUACGGUGGCUCAUUUACGUUUUCAACCCAGUUGUUAACACUAAUUACCUGCUAUACUCUCCCACCGACGCAGCACCACAGUUUCUUAAGAAACUUACCCCUUUAAAGUUGUUUUGGUUUUAUUUGUUGAACAGAUCCACUUGGAAUCCUGCCCUUUUCAGCAAGUAGCGUGUGCUAACAAGAACUGUCACGAAAAAGUCCAGAGAAGACAUCUUACGCAGCACGAAAAUAAUGUUUGUCCAUGGAGAAUCCUUCAAUGUACAUAUUGCACGGAGCCCCACCCAGACUACAUGAUGCAAGUAAGGAUUGUUAUAGUGGAGGAAUCCGAGAAAAAAAUAAUACACCUCUUGCCAGGAAAUCUUUUUAAUGUUUCGGUGGAAAAACUGAGACCCUUAAAAUGGAAUAGGAAUUAGAGUAUAUAGAUAACAAAAUAUAUUUUCGAUUUUUAAAGGUCUCAAUGAGGUUAUGGCUUUUACGGCUAUUGGUUAAAAAUUUUGGAUACUUAACGGUUAACCCCAUUGAGACUCUUUACAGCCCGACAACCGACGGAAAUUGAUUGAAAAAAGGAAACGUAAUAAAAUCAAAUUUCUGCAUUCCUGUGUUUCUUUGAUUUUUCUUGUCGUAGGGCCAUAUUAGACAGUGCAGCAAGUUCCCAGUAACUUGUCCAAACAGCUGUGGUCGUUCAAUUCCAAGGGAUAUGGUGAGACUUUCAGCUUUAUCUGUGAUAUACAAUCUGGCCCUGGUUGUUCGAAGGUUGGAUAGCGCUAUCCACUAUAUAAAACUCUAUCCAGCGGAUAACACCAUACGUUUUUCUUUCACUUAUCCGCUGGAUAGCGAUUUAUCCGUUUGAUAGGGUUAUCCGCCCUCUAUACAACUGGGCCCUGAAGCUUGCAGCAAAUCUUUUGCGACUAGAUGCAGCUUUGAUAUAUGAUAGUUUUCUUUCAAACAUCAAAUUACAUCUUUUUAAUUGAAAAUUUUUAAGAUAAUUUAAAACAUUCAAAAUUGUGAAUCGUAAGAACAUUUCCGACGGACAUACAGGCGGAUGCCUCACGGCUAUAAAAAUUUCUGACCAAUGUUUCUUACUGAUGCUUGAUCAAAAUUUUCUUUAAUUGGAUUCAUAAUCACAGGCACACAAUAUUAAAGAGAGAAAAAUGCCAAACAACUCCUCUUUUGCUUUAUUUAAAGCCUCGCAUGUUAUUUCCCCGUUACAUCUCAUUCUCACUGAAAAACAACAAACCACUUUUACAGGCCGCAUUCAUUCUUUUUUCAGCCUGCUCCAGGCCAUAAGUCAUUGAAAAACGCAAAACGGUGAAGGAGAGCUACAUAAAAUUGUUAUGAGAACCUCACUGUGGUGUUCCAGCGACAGUAACCGGCGAUCAUCGAUUGAUUUUGAAUUUCUUUAUCCACACUUGCAUCUACGUCAAUCACUUGACUUCAUACGAUGGAUUCCAAACGAUGCCACAGUUUUAUUCAUAAUAUUCGAUUCCCACUCGAAAAUGGCAGAUAAGCGAAAAGUGGCAUCUGCAGAGAAAAGGCUGUAGAACUUAACAUGACGCUCACGUUUAGUCCCGCCACCCGUUCAGCACUCUUUUCCACUAACAUAUUUUGGUGCGCGCCAUUCCUCUUUAUUCAAGUCCUUUAUUUCAUGUGAUGCAGGUUUCGAAUCACAUUAAAGAGGAGUGUCCGCUGACCAUAAUUUCCUGUCCACAUGCAGGAAUGGGUUGCACUACAAAGGUGAGAAAUUAAUACGACAGGCCGAGAGAAACGUAUGUACCUUAUAACCUUAUAUUCCAUCGUGGUAUGCUUCGUAUUUGAUAAUGUCGAGACGAAUUCUGGCAGCUAGUUUUUUGUUACACAAAAUUUUCCCAGCAGCUACGAAAUGAAGCAGACAGUUUCGGCAGGUAAGGUGGAUAAACCAAUAUCUGCCGCCAAUAGCCAAUCCCUUCACAUUAGUAUAGGUAAUCACAUGAUUUCGAAUGCAAUUUGGAAUAAAUAAGCACGAGUAAAUUAACAAGUACUUACUUAUUCCAAAUUGCACGAGAAAAAUAAUGUGAUUACGUAUUAAUAAAAUACAUAAAAAAUACGAUAUAGCUUAUCAUAAUUAUGCAGAAGCCGAAAGUGCUCGCAUCAAGUGCAAAAAUAGUUUAUGCAAACCCGCGUACGAUCAAAACAGUAAUAUACAAUGAUAUUUUCACAUCUUUAUGGCGCAAAAAAGUUCAAAGUCCGGCUAAAUAGUUCAAGGAAUUGUUCAGUCUGUGUCCGAAUCACUUUCGAUGGAAUGUGUAAAUGUUUCAUUUCAAGCUAGAGUUGUAAAUUCGAUUCGCGGGUUGAUACAAGCGCAUACGAUAAACACUUAACCAAAUAGGAUCUUUUCUUUCUUUAUUCCUUUUCCCAUUCCUUGGGGCGUUAUUAUAUCGAAGCGGUCAACUGAAAUUAUUACGUAAAGAAAUCACCUAAGUAUUAUGAUCAUAGCUUAAGAAUAAUCUCGAUUUUGGAAACGAGCACGUGGCAAUUAAAGGAAUCAAAGGAAAGGUAAAAAACGAGCGAUAAAUUUUACUUUGUGUAACGACUACGAGCUAGAUAACAUAGUCAUGAAACAAGUUAUUGCUUACCAACGUUCGCGGGUCUUGAUUUCUUUAUCGAGGAUUACAGUCUAACUUGUCUUCUAUUCAAAACGAUCUUGAUCACACGAGGUCUUAUCUUGAACUGAAACGCUUUCUAUAAUUUUCUGCCUAACAUGCCUAAAGAGAACUAAUCACGGGGCCGUCAACCUAACCAAAAGAUAUUUCGCAGCUUUUCUCGGAAGCGGUAACACUUAGCUUCAACGGAAGCAGUUACAGAAUGGAAUCGUCGUUUGCGAAGUUUAACCAUGUUUUUUUUUAAUUUCGGCGUAGAAUCGCUCGAGCAAAGUUGGGUCGGCUCGUAAUUUUCGAUUUCCUUCGCAAUUCCCUUCUCCACUUUUUCAAAACCGACAACCAAAAAGCAGUGCUUUUCACAGUGUUUUCGUUGCUAAGCUGUUUUUUCAGCUGCUGCAUUAUUGUUGCGGUGGCGAAAGAAAACCUAUUUAAAACACCAUCCAUUGUUUCGCUCGCAAAUUUUAAACGUAUCCAAAUGUUGCGACAUCUAGGGCUCGCAUUUGAUUGGCUAUCUGUGAGUAUCUUUGAUUAUUGACGAAUCAGAAUGUCUGGUUUAUUACUUCUUUGCACUGAAUUAACCCUCUUCUGCAUUUAAUCAUUUCCAAACUGCAUUUAGCUUAACCAAUCACAACUGAGUAAUUUUUUCAUGUAUAUUAUUAAUAAAUUAAUCUUGCAUACUUAUGGAGGCAUUCAUGUAAUAAAUAACCUUUCUAGUCGAAGUUGCAGGAAAUAUAACCAAUAGAAAAGAUUCUGACGAGUGUGUUGAAGAUCACAUGAUACCGUUAUUAAAAAUAACGUUAAAUCAAAUUACCUUUUUAAGCUAAGGGCUUAGUUAAAGGUAUGUAUAAUUUCUGGCAAAUGAAGUAUAAAUGUUCAUGUAGGUCGAACGUCAUGAAAUGGAGUAUCACCUCGAAUCAGCAACAAGAAUCCAUUUUGAUUUAGUAUGUAUUAAAUUAAACAACACCGAAGACAAGUUAAAUAAAACAGAGGAUGAGCUGAAUAACACAAAAGAUAAAUUGAAGAAGACAGAAGAUAAAUCAAAUAACACACCGAAGCUUUGUUAAACGAGACAAGAGUUGAGUUGAAAAAUGCCAUGAAACUCCUAAAGUUGUCGAGCGUAAAACAUCACAAUGUGUUUCUUUUUUGCGGAUUGACAGUUUCAGCGAGAUUUUGAAAGAAGCCAAAGACGGAGGAAAAGAUGAAAUAGGCAGUGAUCCAUUUUACACCAAAAAAGAAACAGAAAGUUUUGGCUAUGAGUUAAGAAUGGUUAUUUGCCCUAAUGGGUUUGGAAAUGACAAAAAAACUCACCUCUCGGUGUUCAUGGUUUUAAUGAAAGGUGAAUAUGACGCAAUUUUACGCUGGCCCUUCAAUAAGAAAGUGAAGUUCACAUUAAUUGAUUAA